UGAGGGGUGAUGAGCAGAGUACAGAGGACAUUCCUACAGAUAACCGCCCAGAUGACUGUACCAGGAACUUAGGGAAACAUCUGGUAUCUUCAGAUUUUGAAGUAGAUGAUUGUGGUAUCACACAAAAUACAUUUGAAGAGCAUGCCAAUAUGCAAGAUAUACCCUCAUCGAAUCACAGCAACAAUGCAUCAUUUAAUUCUUUUAAACAGGUCCGAUUUUCUGAUUUAUCACAGACUGAAAUACAGAAUAAAAGUCACAGAAGAGGUGCUAAACAUCAAACAGCUCACGUAAAAGAGAAACCAUUUUUAUGUUCAGAAUGUGGUAAAUGUUUUGAAUAUAAAUCAGCUCUUGUUGUACAUCAGAGAAUUCACACAGGAGAGAAGCCAUUUUCAUGUUCAGAAUGUGGUAAAUGUUUUCACCAAAAAUCUAAUCUUGUUACACAUCAGAGAAAUCACACAGGGGAGAAGUCAUUUUCAUGUUCAGAAUGUGGGAAAUGUUUUAAGCAUAAAUCAGCUCUUGUUGUACAUCAAAGAAAUCACACAGGGGAGAAGCCAUUUUCAUGUUCAGAUUGUGGGAAACGUUUUAAGCAGAAAUCAGCUCUUGUUAAACAUAAGAGAAAUCACACAGGAGAGAAGCCAUUUUCAUGUUCAGAAUGUGGUAAAUGUUUCAACCAAAAAUCAUAUCUUCUUGUUCAUCAGAGAAUUCACACAGGAGAGAAGCCAUUUUCAUGUUCAGAAUGUGGUAAAUAUUUCCACCAAAAAUCAUAUCUUCUUGUUCAUCAGAGAAUUCACACAGGAGCGAAGCCAUUUUCAUGUUCAGAAUGUGGGAAAUGUUUUAAGGGUAAAUCAGCUCUUGUUGUACAUCAGAGAAAUCACACAGGAGAGAAGCCAUUUUCAUGUUCAGAAUGUGGGAAAUGUUUUAAGCAGAAAUCAGCUCUUGUUGAACAUCAGAGAAAUCACACAGGAGAGAAGCCAUUUUCAUGUUCAGAAUGUGAGAAAUGUUUUACCAAUAAAUCAUCUCUAUUUAAACAUCAGAGUAUUCACACAGGGGAGAAGCCAUUUUCAUGUUCAGAAUGUGGGAAAUGUUUUAACCGUAAAUCAAGUCUUGAUGCACAUCGGAAAAUUCACACAGGGGAAAAGCCAUUUUCAUGUUCAGAAUGUGGGAAAUGUUUUAAUCAUAAAUCACAUUUAGUUAUACAUCAGAGAAGUCACACAGGGGAGAAGCCAUUUUCAUGUUCAGAAUGUGGGAAAUGUUUUAAUCAGAAAUCAGAUCUUGUUAUCCAUCAAAGAAGUCACACAGGGGAGAAACCAUUUUCAUGUUUAGAAUGUGGGAAAUGUUUUCAUUGUAAAUCACAUCUUGUUAGACAUCAGAGAAUUCACAUAGGAGAGAAGCAAUAUUCAUGUUCAGAAUGUGGAAAAUGUUUCAACCAUAAAUCAGAUCUUGUUACUCAUCAGAGAAAUCACACAGGGGAGAAGCCAUUUUCAUGUUCAGAAUGUGAUAAGUGUUUCAACCAUAAAUCAUCUCUUGUUAACCAUCAAAAAACCCACAUAUAAGAGAAGCCAUCUUCAUGCUUAGCCCGUUAGUUCGGUUACCAGAUGUAGCUGAGGGCUUGGAGCGAUGAUUGGUACCGCUGUGAAAGCUCCCCAAACAAACAUAGUCUCCUGUAUUGAAUGGAUAUUGGUAAUCAAAGGACAGAUAAGGUUUUUAUUUUUUAUAUAUAUCCUCAAUAUAUAUACACAAAUGUUUGGCGAGAGAAAAAAAAAAAAAGUUUCCCAAAGGUACCACCCUGCCUGUGAUCGGCAUGGGGACCCUCCAUUCCUGUAAAACUGCAAAUACAGGGUCCUGUAUGUAAAAGUCCCAAAAAAUAGAGCUGGAUUCCCACAAGGGUUGGUGUCUAGACAUGUGGAAAAAGGGGCGUCAUUCACACUUGUAAAUGGCCAGUUAUUUGCAGUCAAGUGGAAUUACAGAUAGGAUAUAACAUAGUUUAUAAGGCUGAAAAAGACAUCUGUCCAUCCAGUUCAGCCUGUUAUCCUACAAGUUGGUCCAGAGGAAGGCAAAAAAAAAACCUGUGAGA